AUGAUCAGCGUUGGAGGUAGAAUUACUCCACAGGAAAAUGAUCGACGAUGGAAGCUAUAUAUAAUGCUCGGAGCGGCAGUGGGGGGUUCACCGUUCGGGAUGGACGUUGGAGGUCUAAGUUUUAAUCUCAAUGCCAAGCAGUCUUCAUUGUCAAAUCGGGAGGAGGUAGCAGCGGCAGAUGAAGCGGUGUCCCACUUGGCACAGCAGCUGAGCCGGAUACGGUUAGCCGGAGGAGGUAUGGAAGGUGUAGAGUGGGUAUCAGAGUUACCUUUGAACCGUAACAAUGUGAUGUUAGAGCCAUCCCAUGUUGCGGAGUUGAAUGAAAUGACUGAUGAGGAUCGGGAAGUAACCAGUUUGGUGAAUGAUGUAAAGGAAAGAUUAAAGGAUCGAAGUCUUAAUCCUCGACUUCAGUCAUAUUGGACUGAAGAAGGGAAGAAAUUAUGGAAGGUGAUAAGUGACUGCAAUAAUGAAUUUAUAUCUGACACAAAUCGUUGUUUGUCAGUACGGUUGCUGGACUUUAUGGCUCAAGAUACUGGUUCAUCAUUUGAGGAUGUCUGGCAAAGGUAUUUGAAAAAUACUUGGUACAAAAGAACGACAUCUGCAGAACUAUGUGCUCUCUUCAAUAUUGCAGACUUACCCAUUGUUAAGGUCACACCAACAUCACCUCCACGCGAAGGUGACUUGGACCAACAGGACGCCUAUAAUACCUACCUCUCAGGCCCCACGAAACUUAUGGAUUGGAUUCGACACCCGGAAGCGCUGAAGGAUUCAGAACACGCAGUUGAUGAAUAUUGCACCACUGAUAUUUAUUAUUCAGCCUUCUCCGUUAGAUGGCACCAUCUAUACGUCCAAGCCUUUCCUAUGCUCUCUUAUACUAACUUGAAUCAACAGUAUAACAUGAAUGGUCAGCGAAUGGGUGAUUUUGCCAAGUAUAAAGGUCUCAAUGGAAAGAACAAAAAGGAAAAGGAGUAUAUCAAAGCUGUUCGAAAACACCUGGAUCAGGUUCUAAUUCAAGUAAAGCAGCAAAUCUUUGACAAGGGCAAAGUACGAGUACUGACUAAGGUGCAUGAUAAGUUGAUAUCACUCAAGCAACAGUUUUUGGAGACAUGGAAAAGUCCUAUCAAAUCACGUAAAUUCCUCCCAGCCAAAUGGUUGUCUGGUAAACAGGAUGCUUCUAGUGUUGAUUACGAACAGUUUGAAUUCAAGGUUGAUUUGGAAACUAUUAGGAUUAUUCAUGAUUGGUUCGAAACAAAGUUGGUGCCUUCAAUUUUGGAGCGGGAACCAACUACAGCGACGGUAGAGCUACCCCCUAUGGAGGAGGAGCAGUCGAUAUACUAUAGGUCAAUUGCAUGCGCAAUAGACAGUAUGAUAAGAUUCGAUACUGACCCUUCAGGUUGGUGGUGUAUGAAAUGGCUCUGCAAUGGUCCUUCUGAGAUCGUUACACUAGGUGGCAAGCCACAGAGUUCACUCAUUGAAUGGAGCGCGUAUGGUCCUAAGUUACUUCGUCCACGCAGAAAUGGUAAACGUAGCUCCCUUGCGGAGAAAGUACCAGGACGUCAUAUCGCAUUCCAUAUAGGAGACAGUGUCCAUCUACCUGCCUUCCAAGACUGGUAUAAGCGCACAGAUGAGAUCUCUACAAGCAGAAAUACCAGAGCCUUUACCGGACCUUUGUGCCAUAUCAAACUUAACCAGAACGCUACUCAAGAAAAAGAUGUGUUUGGACUAUUGGCCAUAAAUGAACUCUUCGCUCAACGUCUACUUACCAGAGUUGGCGAGCUGGUAAAACUUCUCAACGAUCACAAUGCACUCAGAGAACAAAAUAUGGAUUUAUGCCAGAACAUGGAUGUCGAAGACGAACGCGAUGACGACAAUAUAGAUGAUGCUCUCGAACGCAAUCCCCUUAUCAAAGAAGCCAUUGCCAUGGCGUCACUUAACCACCCCGACAUGCAAGCUCUUUAUCACCAGAAUAACGGCCAACUCAGACCGGAUCAACUUCGUCCUUGCUUCUCAAAAGGUAUAUUGGAACUUUUCUACAGCUUCCAAAUGGGAUAUGACCAACGACCAGCACACCUCCGAAACAGGAAACGUGCAUAG